AUGGCGCAAGUUGACACCCCCGUGCCAUCCGAGCAGGCCCUUCAGAUCGCCUCGAUUUAUGUGGGCGACCUCGACCCCAGCGUGACUGAGCCCCAGCUCGUGGGCCUCUUCAAGCGCUUCGGGACGAUCCUCAACGUGCGGGUCUGUCGGGACAUCAUCACGCAGCGCUCGCUGGGCUACGGCUACGUCAACUUCAACAGCCACGACGACGCCAAGCGCGCGAUCGAGACGCUCAACUUCAAGCGCGUCGGCGAGCGGUGCAUUCGGUUGAUGUGGCAACAACGCGACCCCGCCCUCCGCUAUAGCGGGAGCGGGAAUAUCUUCAUCAAGAACCUCAACCAGGGUGUCGACAGCAAGGCCCUGAACGACCUUUUUGAGCGCUUCGGCCCCAUUCUCUCCUGCAAGGUCAUGGAGGACGAGCAGGGCAAGAGCCGCAGCUACGGCUUUGUGCACUUCAAGAACGAGACCGCCGCGAAGGACGCGAUCGCGACGAUGAACGGCUCGACCGAGUCCGGCAACGCGGAGGAGCGGGCGCUCUACGUGGCGAACUUCAUCCGGCGCAAUGCCCGCCUCGCUGCGCUGGUGGCGAACUUCACGAAUGUGUACAUCAAGCAAGUCCUCCCGACGGUCGACAAGGCCCUGAUCGAGACCUUUUUCUCCAAAUUUGGCGGGAUCACCUCCGCCACGACGUGCAGGGACAAGAACGGCCGCGUCUUCGCCUUCUGCAAUUUCGAAACCCAUGACGAGGCGGUCAAGGCGAUCGCGGCGAUGCACGACAACCACAUCGAGGGCAUCACGGCGCCCGGCGAGACGCUCUACGUCCAGCGCGCCCAGCCCCGCAGCGAGCGGUUAAUCGCCCUUCGCCAGAAAUAUAUGCAGGGCAAUGCGCUGGGGAAUAACCUCUACGUGCGAAAUUUCGACCCGAACUUCACCAGCGAGAACCUGCACGAGCUUUUCAAGGAGUACGGCGAGGUCCUCAGCUGCCGCGUCAUGACGAACGCCGGCGGGGUGAGCCGCGGCUUCGGCUUCGUGAGCUUCGCCGCCCCCGACCAGGCCAACGCGGCGCUGCGGGAGAUGAACGGGCGGAUGUUGAACGGCAAACCGCUCAUCGUGAACAUCGCGCAGCGGCGGGACCAGCGCUAUACGAUGCUCCGCCUGCAAUUCCAGCAGCGGCUGCAUGUGAUGAUGCGGCAGCUGCAGAGCCGGCCCGCGGCGUUGAAAGGGUCGUACGCGGAGAAGCCCCCGCGCAACCCGCGACCCGGCGAGGACUGGCAGCAGCCCUCCCCGCAGCCCCAGCAAUCCUGGGACGCCCGGCGCGCCGGCCCGAUCGUGAUGCGGCCCUCCCCGUCAAAUCCCGCGAUGACGCCGCGGAAUUCGCCCGGGCAGGCGCCGGAGACGCCUCCGCUCCAGCCGAUCACCCCUGACGAGCUCAACGCGAUGUCGGUCGAGGAAAAGCGCGCCGCGCUGGGGGAUCGGCUCUUCAUCAAAGUCUACGAAACCACGCCGGAGUUCGCGCCGAAGAUUACCGGGAUGUUUCUGGAGAUGGACCCGAUGGACGCCUAUGAACUGCUCGUCGAUCAGAAGAAGCUCACCGACCGCGUUACCGAGGCGCUGUGCGUGCUGGAGGCUCAUAGCCACACCUUGAAGCCGAACAAUAAGAAUUAA